UCUUAUACUGUGGUCGUGUUAUCUUUUCGACCUCCAUCCUGGGGAAGCAGUGUGAUCAUUUGGCUAAAACGUUCCAUUCCCGUGGGUUUGGCGUACUUGUGGUGAUGCCAGCUGCUCUCUCAGCCCUCGGCCUGCUCUGUGUGAUGCUGAGAGUGGGGCCCUCUUUCUCGUCCUGCACUCCCAGUGUGAGCACACUGGAUUUAGGCUGUCAUCUACAGUGGAACUGUUCUGAUGUGAGCUCCAGCACGACCUUCACCGUCCAGACGAUGGCUCAAGGGGAAGAGUGGCAGAAUGUGUCUGAGUGUUUCCAGAUCUCCUCCUACAGCUGUGAUGUGUCUCAGGCUUUCACAGACUUUGUUGUCUUUAACUUAAUCAGACUGGAAAUCAACCAUGGACAUGGAGAGAUUCAGCGGACCUCAACACAGCUCUGCGACCCCCUCAAAGACUCAGAUGCAAGGUUCAGCCCUCCCUCUGUCUCCGUCUCUCUGAAGGAGCGCAGGCUGCAGGUAGAGGUGGCUUUGCCUUGUGCUCCUCCUGUGGCCUGUGAAAGCGUGGAAGAGGAAGAGGAAGAUGACAAAAACACAGCUCUGAGCUGCUGUCCCCUCACCCACUUCCUCAAACCCAAUAUCACAGUGACGCUUUACAACAAACACGAUACAGCUGAUACUCAGACUCUCACUAGGGUGUUUGAGAGGAGUCAGGAGAGUCUGGAGUUUGGUUCGCUGGUGGCGGGUCAGGAAUACUGCGCUGUGGCCCGCUUUGCUUCCUCACCCCCCUCUGACCCGCAGUGUGUUCAUGUCUCAUCAGCAGAAAGCCUGUACCUAGCGGCGCUGUGUGGGGUGCUCAUUGCUCUUCUUCUCAUUGCAGUGUGCGUACUGGGGAGACAGUGUGCGUCAUCAGACACCCGACUCCCAAAAUCUCUGAUGUCUCUACAGAAUAUGGAUCAUGAGUCCCCAUUUGUGGGUGAAUUUGAGCAAGCAGCACCAGAAGAUGAAGAGAACUCAGUGGUUCUCCUGUCCAUUGUACCAUUCUCCAACCUGUCUACUCUUUCAGAGACCCAGUUGACCCGUUCCCACUCCCACAGUCUUGGGAAUGGGUAUUACGCUUCACCCAUUCUGCAGCACCAGGCUUUUGAUGAAGACGGAGAUGGGGGGUCUAACGUGGAAACGGAUGGAGGUGCAUCUCCAGAUCAUUAUCCAGGGCAUCUAUGGCCGUCAGAUCAAACUCACACAACAGGCCCAGCAUGUUCACAGGAAGCCUCUCCUCAUCAGGGUGAUUCAUGCAUCCCUUUGAGCUCUGUGAGAGUAGCCGGGGCUCAGAAAGAAGAGAUGGAGCUGGAUGACUUCCCCAAAAUACUUAUGAAAGUGAACAUUCGUGGUGGUUCACCGUGAGUGGCUGAUGGAGAUCAUGGAAAAUGGAAAAUGAACUUAAUGAUGUCUUUCCAUAUCAAACUUGGAUGGGCAUUGGCUUGAUCCAGGCCAUACUGAAAGAACAGUAAACAGGUCCAGUCUAUCUGCACAGGAUCACCGUCUCCCAUUAUAUGAAUGGAUGGCUCUUACCCUUUCUCAUGAAGGAGACGGAGAAGGAGGAUUUCUCUGGUAUAAAAAUGCAUUCAGAUUCUUGAAUCUGAAGGUGGUAAUUGAACUGCUUUGAUUUUUGAAACUAAAAAUCAGUAAAGUUUGCUCACAUUUUAAGACAAAAUUACAAGUCUCAGGCUAUUUUCAAAAGCCAAAAUCCAACAUUUGGUGUGUUGUGUGAUCCAUAUUCCACUAGUCUAUAUUCCACUACUAAACAGUUUGUGUACUGACUGUAUGUUUUUUGUUAAAUAAUUAUAAAUAACACCCAAAUAAUAGAGAUGAAUCACAUCAUGAAUUUUUGAGAUUUCAUGAUGGCUUGAAUAAUCUAAAGAAUCGGAAUAAAAUAGGGUGGUUUUAAAGUCAGAGAUUUACUCCUUUUCUCAGUAAUGCCUUCUAGUCCCAUUUUCUCUGUAUCUUUUAAUAUUUAACAAUUUUUGGAAGCUCUGCCUCCCCCCACUUAUUUUAUCUGUCUAGGUAACUUAUAUCUAAUAUCCAAUUUAAAGAUAUAUAAUUUCCUCAGAAAUAUUAUCAGCAAAAUGAAUAAUGCUUUGACUGGAAAUUAAAUAAAUGAAGUGUGGUCACUGACUUCUCCACAGUACAGUGUAGAAACCAUAAUGACUCAAAGAACCAUUUGACUGUUUAAAUGGUUCUUCUUCGUGAUCGUAACCUGUUGUAUAUGGUUCAGUCAGGUCAAAUAACCUUUUCUUGGAACUAAAGCUACUUUUUGCUAAAAGUGUACACGUUUCACAGAAUACUGAUUGUGAGCUAAACCUUCCAUCAUAUAUGACCAUCAGUCUGUUUUGUGUAGUUGGGAGUUGGGUCAUGACCUUGUACAUAUGGAGUCAUUUUCUGCUUACUGUGUAUGUGUCAGCUCAGUAUGUUUUAUGUAAGAAUAAAUCAAAUAAAUGGUAAAUGGAAAGGCCCUCGAUCUGUUGGACACUGUUAAUGGACUCCAGAUUUGCUGUUGGUUUUGGGAUACCCCCAUACAGCUGUGUGACUCAUUUCUGUAGGCUGCUAUAAAUUCUCUCCCCUUGGGUUCGAACCCCCCCGUGAACUCAAACGUUCUCAUGGGCAAACAUUAGCGGGGGGGGCAUACACUCUUUUGGAUUUCUAUAGCUUGUGUUUUUUUCCCCAUCUUUCAACUCACUGACUCAACAUUGCCUGUCAUGGCUUCGUUUUCUGUGGCCCAUGUAGCGCAAUUCACCUAACGUGUGCACUUUUUUGCUAAAUCUGGUCUGAAAACCAGAAUAGGCUCUGAAGAGCAAGCGGGUUUUGAGAAACUGUGCAUUUUUGGCUUUAAUUAUGAUUGUCCUGUUGUGUAUUUUGCCCCCCACUAAACUGUUUGACUUCUGGGUGCAUUGAACUUUUCAAGGUUUUUGAGCUCAAAUUGCUCUUUGGUUUCUGCUCCAUUUCAUGCUGAUUAAUCCAGUGGAAAACAUCAGCUGAUUUGCUGCUCUGUCGUUUGGCAGUAAGGGGUUUUAUGGUUUUAUGCCACUAUGACCUUUGUGAUGAAGCCUGCAGCAAAUUAUUCCACCAGCAGAUUAAAGUAUGCAAUGUGUAAAUCAAAAAUGGAGAUGCCAAAUCUCACGACACUAAAGACCGGUGUUUUAAAUGUCAAGUUUCAAGUUGACCAAAUUCAAAGGCAGGAGAGCGAUAGAGAGAGGAAACAAGCGCUGCUUUAAUAAAGCCACAACCCACAGGCCUGAAAAACACCCGAUGACAAACGAGAGAACAACUGCAAAACAAGUGUAAGUAACAGAAAGAAGGUAGGGGGGAUGCCCUGAAUCUGAAGGAUUUAUAUUAAUUUGAUGAUGUUUACUAAUGUGCAGCUCUGUUUAACACUUGAUGUGGCUUUUUUCAGCGCAUACACUGAAAAGACAAAUACAGUUUGACUAAUUUUACAGGUCUAGAUGUCACCUGUUGAGUCUGUGGGUUUUCUGGGUAAAGUGUGGAGCUUUUUUCUGAUUUUUUUCUUUUUGUUUUUUUAACUAUAAUACACUUCGUGAAUCAAUGUGUAUGUUUUCCUAUCAUGUAAACAGUGUGUUUAGCCACACUGUCCCUUCAAUAUAGAGUAUAUUAGGUAUAAUUCAUUUAUUCUUUUGUUGUAUGUUCUAGGGUAAGGUGAUUAAUAAAAUUGAGUACCAAAAC